AUGUCUGAAGAACAAAAUAGAACUCCAAGGGAUAUUAAAAUUGAUGAUAAUAGUUUUACAAACAGAAAAGAGACAACUGCAGAUAAUCGAUACUCUUAGAAAACUUAUAUUCAUCCUUAAUAAAUUUAUGUAGAUUUUCAAAUUUUAAUUAUUAGUAAGUUUAGCAGUGCAAUAGUUCGGUUUAACCAAUAUUUAUUUAAGUAAUAACAAGAGAAGAAAUAGAAAUUCCAUUUUUAAAUGAAAUCGAUAUGCUUAAAAAUAAAAUUAGCAAAGUAUAAGAAGAAAAUGAUAAAUUAUAUGAAAAAAUUCAUUAUUUGACAGAAUAACUACAAGAAAGAUAAAAUUUUAUAGAUACUUAUAAAUAAAAAUUUAUUGACCUAUAAAAUUCAAAAGAAAUAUUACUAUCAGAACUUGAAAAAUUAAAUUAAUAAAAAUACCCAAUUAAUAACUCUGUUUAACCAAUUUAAACUAAAUUUGUGUUUUAGUAAAGUUAGUAUUCCGAUAGGUCUAAUAAUAAUUUAAAUAUGGAAAUUGAAAUAGAUAAACUUAGAAUAGCUUUGAGUAAUAAAGAGGAAGAGAUCAGAAGACUUUAAGAAAAAUAUUAAUAGCUAGAAAAUUAAGGUUUAGCAAUGCUAGAGGAAAAAAUAAGAGCAUUAAUAAAUGAAAAAGAAUUUUGGAAAUAAAAAUUUGAAGAAACAUAAAAAAUACGUUAAUACAAUAACUUUAAAUUUGCAUGA